UUAAAUUAUCAGUGAAAGUAAUUAAAAUGUAUACGUGAAAGUAAAGAAAUAACCUGUCAAAAUGAAGUGUAUGGAUCAGCUUCCGUCUGUGACAACAUGCUGCUUCUGCUGUUUUCUAAGGGCGGGAUGUGUUAUGAUUUCUGUGAUAUCAUUUACGGCAGGCUUAAUCCUGGCCCCAAACGUGGGCUACACACAAGCGCCCUCGCUGCUGCCGGAGCCGCUCACGAACACAGAGGGGAUCGCGCAAGUGUUACUCGGCCUUGUUUCUAUCCUGCUCUGUGCGUGCAGUUUCCUGCUCUUCGUGGGGUCUUUCUGUAACGUCCCAAUACUAAUAGAGAUAUAUCUGUGGGGAGCACUGGUCUACGGGAUAUCUACCACUAUCAUCUAUAUCAUUCUGGCGUGUUUCUGUUUCUUAGUGCAGUCCAAUAGCGUAACUGCUGGCGCUUGGCUCAUAUUGCUUAUCUUUGUCGACUUUUUCUUGACCUGUUACUUCUUGAUCGUGGCCAAUAGCUUGAGAAUGUCUGUGCUGUUCCUGCACAGCACCGAAGUGAUGUACUAGUAUUAUCUGAAGUGACGUUCUAUUGUUUGAAGCGAAGUUCUAUUGUUUGAAGUGGCGUUCUAUCGUUCGAACUGGCGUUCUGCUUUUCGGAGCGUCGUUCUAUCGUUCGAAAUGGAAGUUUAAUCAUUCAAAGGAUGAAUUAUAAUAAUUUUGAAGUGUAUAUUUUAUGUCUUGUAAUGU